GUUCGUGUCGUGCCGCAGGUACGGCUGAAAAAUCAAAAAAAGUUAUUAGAAAAUGGCAAUUGUGCCGGCUUUGCAGACGUGGAAGUUCCACGUAGAGAGUCCUUAAAAUUUAUCUGAGUCAGGACAUGGAAAUUCUUACAAUGCGAAUUUUGUAAAAGUUCAUUCAUAAUGAGAAGUCCUGGAGCCGACACAGAAAUUAAAGUGAGCGAGGGCGAUCUGCCAACGAAUAUUAAUAAAUGGAAUCCCACAAUAGAUACAUCUAUUUAUAUAAACGAUCAGAGUCAGUCAAUAUCUCAUAGAAAAUUUAUAAGGAGAUGGAAUCGCUUGUCUCGCCUGCAGAGAUCCAUUGUGUAUGCAGUUGUAGUGAUAGCUGCAACAGUGGGGGUUCUGUACUUCACGGCUAGAGAAAUAAAACCCGAAGAAAAACCAAAUGUUAGCCAGCUUCCUGUGGAACCAGUGAAGAAUUUAUCUCUAGUCAACGAGCCAGCCGCGGAAGCAGUAUUAUCCAACAACAAACCUGCCUUUGAAGUUGAACUGAAUGAGAGACCAGUCUUUACAGGCCCUACAAACGCAAAACAGUAUGCAGUGGUGGAAAGUUUCCGGCACGCGUGGAAAGGAUACAAGACCCACGCGUGGGGCCACGACAACUUGAAGCCACUGUCCGGGAUGCCUUCCGAUUGGUUCUCGCUAGGACUCACAAUCGUCGAUGCUUUGGACACUGCUUUUAUCAUGGGACUUACUGAAGAGUUCUCGGAGGGGCGCGAGUGGGUCAGCAAGGAGCUGGUGUUCACGCGCAACAAGGACGUGAACUUCUUCGAGGUGACCAUCCGCGUGCUGGGCGGCCUGCUCACCAACUACCACUACACGCAAGACGACAUGUUCUUGAAGAAAGCGGAGGAGCUAGGCGACCGGCUGAUGGCGGCGUUCAACUCGCCCUCGGGCAUCCCGUACUCGGACGUGAACCUGGGCGCGCGCACGGCGCACGCGCCCGAGUGGUCGCACUACAGCACCACGGCCGAGGUCACCACCGUGCAGCUCGAGUUCCGCGAGCUCUCGCGCGCCUCCAACAACCCCGCCUUCGAGGACGCAGCGGCAGCAGUGUCGGAGAAGAUCCACCAGCUGCCCAAGAAGCACGGGCUGGUGCCGAUCUUCAUCAACCCCAACACGGGCCAGUUCCUGCCGCACGCCACCGUCACGCUGGGCGCGCGCGGCGACAGCUACUACGAGUACCUGCUCAAGCAGUGGCUGCACACCGGCAAGACCAUCAACUAUUUGCUGGACGACUAUCUGACCGCGAUUGAGGGUGUUCGAGAAUUCCUGGCGAGACGGUCCACGCCCAACAAGUACUUAUUCAUCGGAGAGUUGCUGGCCGGAUCCGAGACCUUCAACCCCAAGAUGGACCACCUGACGUGUUUCCUGCCCGGCACGCUGGCGCUCGGCCACGCCAACGGGCUGCCCGACUGGCACAUGACUAUGGCCGAGGAGCUCAUGACCACCUGCUACCUCACCUACAAGGCGCACCCCACCUUCCUCGCGCCCGAGAUCACGCACUUCAACCUGGCAAGUGCGACGUCGGACAUGUACACGAAGACGGCGGACGCGCACAGCCUGCUGCGGCCCGAGUUCAUCGAGAGCCUGUUCUACAUGUACCAGCUCACCGGCAACACCACCUACCAGGACUGGGGCUGGCAGAUCUACCAGGGCUUCGAAAAGUACGCUAAGGUCCCCAACGGGUACACGUCCCUCGCCAACGUGAAGUCUGAGAAGCCCGUUCAGCGCGACAUGAUGGAGUCCUUCUUUCUCUCCGAGACGCUCAAGUACCUCUACCUCCUGUUCAGCGACGACCGGUACCUUAUAGACUUGAGCAAGUACGUGUUCAACUCCGAAGCUCACCCCCUGCCGAUACACAAGUCCUAGACUGACUAAAUAGGCACAGAUUAUGCUGUAUGUGACAACUCGUGCAUUAAGCUUUAUUUCGUAAAUACAAAAAUAACUCGAACGCCUAGUUCCAAGGCGCUAGCUUGCAUGUAAACGUGCUUGAAAGUGUCAAUGUAACUUUCACAACGACCGUCUAAUAUAGUUGUCCUAUGCGAUGUGAGCUCGACCAGUCUCGAUAUUGCGGUUUAGACACGACAUUGAUCUAACGGCCCAGCGACAUACGUGCGAAUGAAAAGUCCCAUCGCUAUAUCUCGCUCCAAUAUAUGGCCGCCGCUCACCGCUGUCGCGCUUAGACCAAUGUCGUGGCUGAGCCGUAAGGCGGCAUACAUUUGAGUGAGACUCAGCGAUGGAAGUUUUCUUUCGCAUCUAUGGCUACCGCUCGCCGCUUUCGCCUUAGGCCAAUGUCGUAGCCAGGCCGUUAGUUCUUCUUAGCGUUCAAAAAGUUAAGCAAAUAAGUGCUUAGACCAAUAUUGUGCAGUCACAUCAAUAAAUAUUGAUACAAAUCAUCGUACCUGCCAAAACGCGACUUUACUGCCCUUAAAAUAAGUAGGUAUAAACAUAUUCUUGACACUGUCCGUAACGAUAUUUCAGUCGUUGCCGUACGAAAAUUUGUAGAGGGGAGUGGUCUGUUUUAGUUGCUAUGCCGACAGAGCGACGCGGUAUUUAUUCUAACAAAUGCGAUCAUUUAGAUUAAUUAAUGGCUCCAAGAGAAAAGAUCCUGCAUACUUCUUUAUUUUCCAUAAAACCCGUUAGUGUAAUUUGAGUGAACUUGUUUUAGGAAAAAACGUAGCAGAUUAUUUAUUAAGUGACUGUUAUGGUUUUCCCUACAACUUAGCGAUAUAUCUAUUAGUUUAUUACUGAUAUUUAUGAUGUUAUUAUUAUUUAUAUUUAUCUAGUGAAUUCUUAUUUGUCCAGUUGAAGUCCUCUCAGUGACUUUUAAAUUGGUUUCGAGACUUGUGUAACAAAGUGUUCGAUGUUUAGGUACUCCAUCCCUGUAACUUAGUACUGAAUUGGAGUCGGUACUUACAUGGCUACAAAUGUAUUAUAUACAUUUGUUUACUUGUGAACAGGACUUAGAUAAUAUUACAAUAAGUACAUUUAAUGCACGUAAAAACAUUAUAUCUUAAGGUAAGCUCCCGAGUGAGAUAACUAUACAUGUAAUGAAAUGGUAGUAGUUUUUUUAUACAAGUUUAACAUGUUAACUUUUAAGAUGAGGUAACAUCUUGUUGGGCGAUUAAUAAUUUAGCAUUUUCAAGUACUGUUUUAAAUUGUAUGUAUGGUUGUGUUUUGGUACACUGAGAUACGAGACUAAUGAAAAACAAAUAGAAAUAUGUCAUAAGAAUAGGCCACGUAGGUAUCAUGUCUCGUAGAGACCCGAAACUGCCGCGACCUUAUUUUUUUUAGAGUAACAUUUUUUAACCGUACAUUUUCACCUGUGUGUAUAUAACACCAUUAAUUCGACAUUCGCUCGCAUAUUCUUAAGUACAAAUGAUGUUGUAAUGGUGAUUUUCAAUAUGCUUGGCGAAAGAUCAAGUUUGUUUGGCAUGAAAUACGAGCCUUUCUCGGAUUUGAGAAUUGUAGGUAAAUAUCGAGAAAAAUAUCACUAAUGUUUCCUCUGAAGAUGCAAGAUUUAUGUUAUCAGUGAGAUUAAAUUGAAUACUCUACGACAUGCAUGGUUUGAGUUACUGCCAUGAACAUUUUCGCGACUGCGGGACCA